CCUACACCUCCCUCACACUUCAACUCCUCUUCCCUCUCUCAAUACUCUUUCAAGAAGAGAGAGAAAUUUUAACCUCAAUUUUAUCUCUUCUUCCAUAUCUUCAUUUCCCCCAAUAUUAUCAUGUUUUUCUGAUCAAUUUCUUCAUCAAUCAUCACUUCAUAUAAUAAUCUCUGAUUACAAAAAAAAAAAGAACCCCAGAAAAAUGGCGCACGCUGUGUUUCAAGCAGCUCAAAUUAUGCCCAUGAAUACCCAAAUUUCGCCUAAAAAGUCUAUCUUUACAAAACCCACAAUUUUACCCAUGAUUUCUUCAUACCCAAUUGCAGGAAAAUCAAGGAAAACUCUGUUUAUCAGGGAUUUUCUAUCUUCUACUCCUCCUGUUGAUGGGGAUUCUUCAAUUGGUCAUUUGGAGCGCUGCUUAGGCGUUUCUUCGGCGCCUUUGGAUUCUUCGGCUUCGGCGACAUUGUCGUCUUCUGGGAUGUUUGCUCCUUCUAUGAAGGGAAAGUAUGGUGCUUUUGGUGCUGUUACUUUGGAGAAGUCUAAGCUUGAUAUGACUCAGAAGCAAACCCUUUCUAGUCCUGAGCUAGCGACAGGUGGAGGUGGUGGUGAUAUUGGGAAGAGAAUCAAUAAUGGUGGUGGAGAUGGUGGUGACGAUGGUGGAGACGACGAUGACUACUUCGAUGACUUCGAUGAUGGUGAUGAAGGAGAUGAUGGGGGAAUUUUCAGGAGGCGUAUUGUUUUGCAAGAGCUAUUUGAUCGAAAAUUUCUAGAUGCAGUUCUUAGUGAGUGGCAGAAAACAGUGAUGGACCUUCCAGCUGGGAUUAGGCAAGCUUUUGAGAUGGGUUUGGUUAGCUCUGCUCAACUGGUUAAAUUCUUAGUAAUUAAUGCCAGACCAAACACAAUUCGAACUAUUGCGCGUGGCCUUCCUCAGGGAAUAUCAAGAGCAUUCAUUGGGAGGAUGAUUGCAGAUCCAGCUUUUUUGUAUAGACUUCUUUUGGAGCAGGCUACGACCAUUGGUUGUUCUGCUUCGUGGGAACUAAAGAAUCGCAAGGAUAGGAUAAAACAGGAGUGGGAUUUAGCUCUUAUUAAUGUCUUGACAGCAGCAGCAUGCAAUGCAGUUGUUGUUUGGUCACUUGCACCUUGUCGUUCGUAUGGAAACACGUUUCGAUUUGAUUUGCAGAAUACAUUGCAAAAGCUUCCUAACAAUGUGUUUGAAAAGAGCUAUCCUCUCAGGGAAUUUGAUUUACAAAAAAGAAUUCAUUCAUUUUUCUACAAGGCUGCAGAACUGUGUUUUGUGGGGCUUAGUGCUGGUGCAGUACAAGGUGCCCUGUCAAAUCUAUGUGCUAAGAAAAAGAAUGACAGGUUAUCUGUGACAAUACCAUCUGUUAGGACUAAUGCACUUGGCACCGGUGCCUUUCUUGGGAUUUAUGCUAAUUUGCGUUAUCAGCUCCUAUGUGGUAUUGACCGAGGAUUAUCCAGCUACUUUGAUGUUAUUGGAGUAGCACUAUUUUUCAGCUCAGCUCUGAGGAUCAUGAAUGUUCAAGUAGGAGAGACAUCACGGCUGGCAUGGCUGGGAAUAGAGGCAGACCCCCUUGUUCAAUCAGACCUUUUAAAGGCUUACAAUCGGGCUCCUGAGACCAAUAAUUCCAAGCAGGGUUCCAGUUGGUUUAUAUCGAAGAGCACCAUUGUCUCAGGACUCGGUUUUCUUGGGCUUCCACAAGGUAAUGGUGAUUCUGCUAAAGAGUCAGAUGCUCCCAAGCCUCGGAGGAAACGGGUUGUUAGGAAAAAAGUGACUACGGCGUAGUACUGUCAACAUAUUGUCCAAUUUUGCAGCCAUAUAAGUAGUUAGCUCUGGAAAGAUAUACAAAGCUGACCAUAUCAUGGGUCGUCGGUAAUACUCAGGGCAAUCUAAGUGUGCAAGCACCUGCAGUUUGUGUCUAAUGUGUUGAGACAUCCGAUGUUCUGCCCGUUGAAGUCACCAUGGUGGAAAGUAGAAACAAAUUGAUCUGGAAGCUGUAAAGGUGGUUUGUGAAAUGACAAUAUAGCCAUAAGACCAGCUCUGAAAGCUUCUGAAGAAUUUUGUUUCUUUUCUUUUGCUCUAUUUCUUCACUGGAUAAAAAUUAUCUAGGCUCCACCUGGUAGCAUAUGUUCCUUUAUUGUUUUACUGUAAUCUGCAGUAGCCAAUUGAUUGCAUAAAUGAUCCUUUGAUAUUCUAUACUGUGCAAUCGCCUAUAAUGCUGCUGAUAGUACAUAGUUGUUUUUGCCAUAGAAUAUUGACUGACUACUGUUUUUUAAAUGCAUAUUAAAUACAUUAAUAGGCUAAUGCUAUUGUUCAA